AUGAGAGCAAGCCACGACAAAAAAAGCUCUAGACAGCCAAAAAAAAAUAAAAACUCUCCCACAAAAAACCCUUCACGCACGCACGCACUAAGUAACAUUGCUUCCUUCACAGCCUCCUUCAAGCUCAGAAAAAACCUCCUUCACGCCGAACCUCCACAACCUGCUCGCACACUCGCCGGUUCACAACCUCCACAACCUCCUUCCUCUCUUCCUUCAUGCCGAACCUCCACCACCGCCACACAGAUCGCCGGUUCACGCCAUUCCUCUGUUUCCUCUCUUCCUUCACGCCGAACCUCCACCACCGCCACACAGAUCGCCGGAGCAGAACGAUUUCGAAGAAGAAGAGUUCGCCGGAGCUUGGAAACAAACCAAAGCCGCCGUGAGCUACGAUCCAAAGGUCUGGUUGUGAGUACAUGUCUAGGUGGUGCCCUUGUUAGAGCACUACUCAGUGGUUGCAUUGCUGAUGGGGUUGGUCGACGUAGAGCUUUUCAGUUGUGUGCUUUGCCUAUGAUUGUUGGUGCUUCUAUGAGGUGCCUUUCCGACAAGUUUACUUACUGUGGUUAUUGAAUUCUCCACUGUCAACUUUAGCCUUUGGGACACAGCUGGUGUCAUUUAUUUGAUAGUUAUUAAAAUAUUUUUAGUUUCAAAUAUAAUUUACUCCUACUUGUAAUGUCAAUUUUCUCCUACUUGUAAUGUCAAUUUGCUCUCUAUAUGUAUCAAAGUGCAAAUAAGGAUGUGCUUGGAGCUUUUUUAUGUAAUAAAGUUUAUUGAGUGGUACUAUAUGUACCAAUGUACCAAUGUACUUGUAUUGUAAUAGCACAAGUUUGCCAAAUUGGGCAAGUUUAGUAUUGUAAUAGCACAAAUUUUAAAUUUAUUCUUAAUUGUUGCUUAUGAA